AUGGCCGACACCAACCCCGCCAACUUCGCCAACCUCCCCAAGGAGGAAGUCCAGGAGAUCGCAUCCAAGGGCGGCCAAGCGAGCCACGGCCCCGAGGAAGUCAUCGACAAGACUGGCAACCUGAACCCCGGCAACUUUGCCAACCGUCCCACUGAGGAAGUCCGCGAGAUCGCAGCCAAGGGCGGCCAUGCCAGCCACGCCCACAAGAACCCGAACCCUGCCAACUUCGCCAAUCUACCUACCGAGGAAGUUCAGGAGAUCGCGGCCAAGGGCGGUCACGCCAGUCACACUGGCGGAUUCGCCAGCAUGGACCCCGAGAAGCAGCGCAAGAUCGCGUCCGAGGGCGGCAAGGCCUCGUCCGGCUCUUUCGAGCCCGGCUCCGAGAAGGCGCGCGAGGCGGGUCGCAAGGGUGGUCUGGCCAGCGGCAACGACUCCUAG